AUGUAUAAGAAUAACCUGAAUAUAAGGAAUAUCACACCCAUCUAUACUUUCAGUUCUACAAAAAAAGUGGAUACGAGUAAAAGAAGGGGUGGUCAAGGUAGUUAUAAGAGUGUGAGAUCGGUAUUUUCCCUUAUCAAUAAUAAAAAGCUUAAGAACAAAAACGAGCAUUUUAACAAAAUUUUUUUUGAAAAAUUUAACAAGCGCGUUGUAAGUAAUACUGCUGCUACUACUACUUCUGGUAGUGGUAGUAAUAGAAGCAUUAGAAGCACUGGAAGCAUUAGAAGCACUGGAAGCAUUAGAAGCACUGGAAGCACUGGAAGCAGGCGCCGGGUUGGGUACGGGUUUCUUUCUGCACACAACAAAGUGGUUAGAAGGAACGGUGGAAUUGACCGCGUUGACUGCGUUAGUCCAGUUGGACCUGUGUAUCAUAUUUAUAGUCCCGGAGGUGACGGACCAACGAGAAACGAGAAGGAGGUUCAGUCGGGGGUAGGAAACGUUGAUAUGUACUCAAAGAACUCAUUCAGAAGGGGCAUUGGAAGAGGCAUAAGAGGAAUCAUCAGAGGAAACGAUAGAGGAGCCUUCAGAAGGGCUAGAUUCGCUAGUAGGAGAUUCACAGUAAGUAUGACGACGGAUAGCAAAAUAGAUGAAGGUAGCUUAACGGACGAUAGAUGUGAAAAGUAUAGAGAACAUUGGAAGGAGGAGGGGUAUGGUAAUAAAAUGAUUGAUAAGAAUUUAGGUAUUAGUGGUAAUAUAUCGAAAGAAAUGAAAAAUUAUUACAAAGCUGCUGGUAUGUUUGUGAUAAAAACGAAUAUUGUUAAUUCGAAUAAUAAUAUGAAUAGGAAAACAAACUCAAAUAAUGUAAAUGUAAAAAUAUUGCUAGGAUAUGAUCCUCUGCAAAAAAAACAUAAACAAGAUGUUAUACAAAAUGACAAGGUAAUGAAUAAAGGUACAUUGAACCUAUUAGGAGGAAAAAAAAAUAAUUUGGAGUUCUGUCCAUUAGAAACAGCAUAUAGAGAAUUCAGUGAAGAAAAUCUUUUCAUAUAUAACAUGUUUUUGUCCUACUUCAAUUACUUGCAUUACGUAAUGAAGAACAUUGAAAGGACUGGGGGGGAGGACGUGUUCUUGCGCAGUGAUAGCAACAAUAGAAGCGACAACAGUGGUAAAGAUAGUAGAAAAAGCAAUAGCAAAGGCAAUAGACAGAGAAGUAACAAAAGCAGCAAUAAUGAACGUAGUGAUGACCGCGGUGAUGUUCGCAGGGCGAACAAAGCGUGCGACUCGUACGGACUCUAUUUGAAAAAAAAUUUUUUAAAAGAUAUAACAACUUUGAACAGUUCGGAAAAAGAGCAAAUUUUAAAAUUACACAUAAACAACUUCAUGUUAUUUUUUAAAGAAAUAUGCUUAAAUGUAAUGAAUUGUCAUAAUAAGAUUUAUAAAUGUUCAUAUCCACCAUCUUACAAAUUAGAAAAUAAUGAACAGUUAGAAAAAAUACAUGAACAAGUCAGCAUGUAUAAUAAAAUAAAAGAUGACAAUACACACAAUUUUAAACUAUACUUUAGAAGAGGAAAAUAUAGUUUAUUCUUUUUUAAUGUAAUUCAAUAUAAUUGUACAAAUAUAUUACAUCACUUAAAUAAUUUUUUUUGGGAAUAUUACACAGAUUUUUAUAAUAUUAUUUUAAGAGAAAAUCUCAAUGAUUUGAUUAAAGUUCGACAGGACAGCAAGACAGAGUAUGAACCCUACGUUUUUGACGAGCAGGAUUUCGAGCACAAAAUUGAUCCUGACCUUUAUCAGAAUUUAAUGAACGUUCAGGUAGGGGCUCAUACGAAUAGUAUUAAAUUUAAUAAAUCAGAAUGCGACGAGAACAAGGAUGCUACCUUUUAUGUACAGGAUGUAGAAAAUGAAAAGGCGAUUUUAGACACAGGAUAUAUGAAUGAUAUAUCAUGGGUGGAUUUAUCUAUCUUCCUGUUGCUACUACUCAAGGAGGAGCAGUAUACGCAAAUAGCGUAUGCUCUGUGGACCUUGUACAACAACAUUGUAAGUAACAAUGACUCUUCUGGUGUAGUAGCCACUUCUACUUCUGCUGAUUUUGAGAGUAAUUAUUGCAAUGAAUUUGAUAAUCAGGGGUAUACUGACAGCUGCCAUAAUAACAAUGGCAGUUAUAAUAACAGGAACAAUGGCGGUUAUAGUAACAGGAACAAUGGUAGGCAUCAUAACAGUGGUAGCCCCUAUGGUAACGGCAAGUGGAAUAAGUAUAUACCUUCCGCAGAGGACGACUAUGAGUUAAAACUACCACAUGAUUUGAUAUCAAAAAUUAAUAAUGUAUACAAUAGUGUUCAUAAGAAGUUAGGAAAAUUAAUUAAAAAAAAAGAAUAUAAACAAUUUUUAGUACUAUUAUUCUCUCCAUUUAACACACAGUUAAAUGAACAAAAUGUGGAAGACUCAUUGACAAAUUUAAAUGUGCCUCUGCGCAAGUUUUGUAGAUGUUUAAUUAAUUCUCAUAAUUUUUGGUGUUUCCUUUUUUUAAAUUUACUUGCCAGUGUUCCCAAGUGA